CUAAGAUCAAGAUCAAAACAUUACCCCCUGCCCCCCUAGGAAGCACACAAGUUUUUGGAAAGGGCAAAAAUAUAUUCUCUUCUUGCCUGCUAGUCCAAACAUAUCACAACAUCAACUGAAAGAGGAGGGACAUCUGUACAUCACAGCAGAAGUCAAAAUGAGUCACAAAAGGAAGCUGAGAGAUGACCAAGAACCUUUCAUGGUGCAGCAUCACCCACUCACAUCUGAUCAACUUUGUGAUCUCCUUGGUGCUCAAGAGGAUGAGGUGAUGGAGGCAGUUGUUUCACAAGUGUCUGAACCCAAAGCUGGACAGGUGUUCUUGGUUGAUUGUGCAGGUGCGCGAUUUGCCCGCUAUGACUACCCGUGGACUGCCUACUACCACCACAAUGGCCUUGGUCCACUGCUGCCCCCAUCCACGCCUGACCCUUUGCAAGACUGGAUGGAAAUUCGAUACAAUAAAAAACUUGGCUCUCAUGGGCACCUUGGGCUGGGUGCCAUUCGCAUUGUGUACAAGCUAAAGUCUGAGGAGCGGCAUGUGGUGGAGGCGCCGGGCGUGGCUGCAGCACCCUUCCGCAUCAUCCAUUACCUGGAGAAACUGCCAGCACAGGUGGAGAGUGCCAUCACACAACACUUGGAGGAGGAGAAUGCCCGGAUGCGCCUUCAGGAAGAAAACCAGCGCAAGGAAAGAGAAGCUGAAGAAAAGAGGAAGGAAAUAGAAGGAGCACAAAAGGGCGAAAGCAAAUUUGGACGACGGAGAAAACCAAAUAGCCGGUACUCAGAAUUGUACUCGCUGGAGACAAUUAAGGGAAAGGUAGCAAGUGGUGAGAGUCAGUCUGAUGAAGAACUAGCAGAAGCAGGGCCAAGUAGGGGCAUGAGCAGCUUCCUGAAGAUGCCAGGGAUGAAGGGGAAUAGCAAGGGACAGGGAAGGGGUGGCAGGGUAGCAAGGGGUGGGCCUAUCAGGGGCUUUAGGGAUACCAGUGGCUGCACCUGGUUAGAUGCAUAUGGAUUGGAGAGAACUAAACCAAAAAGCUCAUCACUAUUCAAAAUGUGUGAUGAUGAUGAUGAUGAUGACAAAGGUGAUGGUGAUAGUGAUGGUGAUGAUGAUGAUGAUGGUGAUGGUGGUGGCAGUGGUGGUGAAAAUGAUGGUGAGAAAGGAGCAAGUGAUGAAAAUGAAUUUAUUGAAGAAGAGGAAGAGGAGGAGGAGCAAGAGGAGGUAGGAAAAGUGGAAGAAGAUGUUGCCAUGAAGAAUGAAGAUGAUGCAGAUAUGGUAGACUUUCCUCAACUUUUAGGAUAUGCAAUCGAUCUUUCUCCCCGAGCUGGUGACUCUCCCACAACUGAUGAGGUUAAGAUUACCAUCACACAUUCUGACCUAAGUAAUCCCAUCUGCUCCGAUGCCUCCAACCCUAUAUCAGCAAGUCUCCAAAGCAGUGAAAUCCUCACAGGUGCUGACAGUGGUGCCAUCCAUACUUCAAAUCCUACAGAGGAGCCUUGCAAGAGUCCUGCAGAAAAUAUUAAGGCAGAAGGAGUUCCACCUCGAAGAAAGAAGUGUCUUGGCAGGCCAAGGUACAGGGGACUCCAGAAUCUGCCAUUGAAGAGGAAAAAAGGAGAGAAGGAAGAUGAAAAGGAAAAGAUAAAGGAAGAAAAAGAUGAGGAGAUAAAAAUGGAUUAUUCUCCAGAUGAGGCACGGCCCUAUAAAUUGCAUGAGGGACGGCUUUUCCAUGCAGAUGCCGAAGAUAUAUUUCGUCAGGCAGUGAAGGGAGACAUUGAAGUGCAUCACUUAGGUGUGAAGACUCCCAAAGCUGGAGCCCUGUAUGUACUUGAUAAGGGUUUUGUUCCAUUCAGCGACACUCUGCCUUGGUUGAGGGAAUACUACUACCGGUCUCAUAAUGUGCUGAUGGAGCGCUUUACUCUCAGAGACACACCACGCCAGCCCCACCCAACUGCCAAGACUCUCUUUACGUACUCCACACAAAGCACUACACUCUGUAUUGUCCACUAUGAAAAGCCCGAGAAGAAUGACACACAGGCAGAGAAAGGAAAACUAAAAUCAAAGAAGGGAAAUAAGAAAAAAGACGAGAUGAAUAUAAAACCUGGAAUCUACACUGAAUCCAACUCAAACCUCAACCUGUCACUGGUGGAGGCCAUGCUGACCCGACCUGACAUGUCCAGACUUCUAUUAGCGCCGGUGCUCAAUCCACAGCCCUUCCAAGUGUACCUGCUGAGUGUACCUGCUUACAACACCUCCAAGGUGCUGGACAACUACUGCUGGACUGACAAAGGCUUCAAGCGGUGGCCAACAGACUCCUCAGGGUCAGCCACACGCCUCCUUUGCUACCACUCCCCCAUGAGGAUCACCAGGAAUGCCAUGUGCACAGCCCUGAUGAGACACGAGUUCCGCCUGCCCUCCCCCGACACCCAGGAUGUGCGAGUGGUUCACUACAUGCCCACCCGAGAGUUCAGGGAAUAUGUGGUGAUUGCAAAUGCCGCCAAGCAGAUGCAGAAGGUGACAGAGGCAGUGUGGCAUGAUCUUCCCCUGCCAGAGGAUGUGGCUCCUCUUCAGACUUCCAGCUCCCGCCUACGUCCCUGUGUGGUUUGGGAGUUGUUGACUCAAGGCAAUGCCAGCUCUGUUAUAUUGGUACCCCAGGCUGGUGGUGUCUACCUCACUUCCCAUUGUGACUCCCCUGAUAUACUAGAGUGGGAGGACAUUGCACAGCUCCAGAUCCAGCCACGGGUGUACCAGGUGCUGGAGGUGUGCCAGCGGGUGACAGGGGACAAGCCGCGCCUCAUCAGACUCUGCUACACUUCCCGCAAGGUUCCUUACAAAGUUCUGGUGCAUUAUUUGGGUGAUCCAAGACCUUAUGUGGAUCUGAGUGUCAACGUGCUCACUACUGCUGAUGGUGAUGAUACUCCUGCAGGUAAAGAAGAGCAAGGAGAACAAAAAACUGAACUGAAAGAAAAGGCAGAUGAAGAAGGAGGAAAAGGAAGCAAUGAGGAGACAGAAAAAAACAGCAUAGCUCAGUCUUACCUAAGAAAUGAUCAGCUGUACAAAAUAAGUCCGCACCAUCUUCGGGAGGUCGGCUGUGUGGGACUGAAACCUGAGGAUCUUGAUGUGGAGGUGGAGGCCACUUUCCAGCACUCCUCAAACCAGUUGGAGGAAAUCCUCAUUCCACCAGACAAGCCUGGGCUGUACCACUAUGGACACCGCAUGAUGAAGAAAAGAAUUAUCCGCCUCCUAGAAAACUUAAACCGCAGUCGCAAAACCGUAUUACCAAUUAAAAACCCUGAGGCUGGAGAGGCUUAUCUGGUCACCAAACCCACAAACAAGACAGUGAUGGAUCCUUACAAAUGGACACAGAAGGGGUGGACACCAAUACCACGCAAGGAUCCAGUGGUUCUGUGGCGCUGGGGUCUGCUCCGCCACAAGAAGCAUGCCUGGGCUCCUCCACUCAUCCGCAUUGACUAUGUCCACCUCCACGUCAACACUGACUUGAUGCUCCUCCACUAUGUGCCAACCAAGGACAAUGAGAACAUGCUGGAAAUAAGGAGCUCAAUGGUACCACUGAGAACUGAGACCCACACCUUGCUCUCAAUGGGUGACGUCAACUUUGGGCAACACUCACAGCUCCUCACCAACAGUCCUCUGCCACCCAGCCACAUCUGGGAGCUACUGAGUGCUGGGGGCGGCCUCACUCAGCCCAUCACUGAGCCCCAGCCUGGUGGUGUGUACGUCACCAACAUGGACUCUAAUGACAAACUUGACCUGUACUCUUGGAAGGUUUUGGGAGACAUCCGCCUCUCCUGUAACGACUAUGGGUUGCUGGAGACAUCAGCCUUGGUGGAGUGGGGAAGCGGAGAGGUCAGACUGGGGCGCCUCACCUACCACACUCCACUUAUCAGGGCCAGAACUGUGAUACACUACAUGGGUGAUUGCAGACCCUACCUGGACAGAGCUAAGAGUGAGGAGCAGGAGCGCCUCAAAAGACUGGAGGUCAUUGCAAAGGUCACCAAUUCAGCUGCCACAAUUGACCUCACUCACUUGGAUGUCAGCACUAGCCUUGGGUCAGCCAGAGGGGAUGGAGUGGGACGUGACCCGGCCACAGAGGCAGUUGGGUCAAUUCUGGCUGGCUUGGGAAGUAACAUUAUGGAUUCUGACACUCUCAAUCAAACCUUUGCUGAGUUAGGAGGAGAAGUGGAGGGGCUGUGUGACGGCUCACCCUCCACCACCUCUCCUACCAUCACCCGCCUGGAGGACCAACACCUGCAGGACUCCACCCUUCCAGCCAUACAAGUGGCUUAUGGCUCUAUCUCCACCACUGCACUUGUCAAUCAGCUGUUUCCAGAAGGGCUGCCCAAGAUUACAGUUCAGAAGAUACUGGAAGUGGAGGAAGGAGAGGUCGGCCCACUCAGAAAGCGUCGUGCAGAGCAGCACCUUCUGGAGUUACCUGAGAUGAAGAACGAACUAAAGGAUGAAGAGCGACGGAUGCUGCGAGGGCCAUACAGAGCCAUCCCACGCACCCUGCAGGACUGGAAUGAGGAGGAGGAGUGUGAUGAUGGUGAUGGCGGCUGUGAUGGGCAACGUAAGACUCGCCUUGAGAUCACCACUACUGAGUCGCGCACCAUUGUUUACAUCCGCCAGCAGCAUACACUGACAGAGAAACAACUAGACCACUUCCUUUGCAAUCCAGAUGUCAGCAGGGUAUCAUUUCUUCCACUCAUUGACCCACAGCCUGGUGAUGUGUAUGUGGUGGCUAUACCUUACAGGAAAGGAGAGGUGCGGCGUCUGGACUGCCAUGACUGGUACGUCACUGGACACAAGAAGGGCAAGUUCCGGCGCACCUACAGCUACAUCAAGGACCAGGAGGGGAAUACCAGCCAUCGUCUCCUGCGCUACACUUACGACUAUGCUUGGGAGGACAGUCCAGGCCUCCGAGUGGUGCAUUACAUCCCUGGAGACCCACGGCAUCAGGUGUUGUGCUGUGGGAAGAAGCCAAACUAUGAGGAGGAGCCUGAAGGCAAAGGAUCGGGCCCCCUUUACCGUGCCUACACAGCAUCCAUGACUUAUCGAGAUGUACUGCUUAUCAUGAAUGACCCACCCUUGUACCAUGUGUGUGAGCUGCCCAUUUGUGGCCCCAAGGCAGGGGAUGUGUACAUCAUCAAGGCUCCAUCCCUGGCUCUUGCACAACGAGAAAGCAUGUAUGACGACCUGAUCUGGACUGAGGGUCAGGUAAAAAACGUGGGAGGCAAGCGGCCAGCACUGCGCAAGACCAAGUACCUCUCCUUUGACCCCACGGAUGGAACAAGGUCAGAUGCCUUUGUGCGGGUGACCUGGGAGAGACUGCUUGACCCAUCUGAAGUCACGGCACAGUUAGGGGGAGGUCACAGACGACAGCCACUAGUCAUCAUUCACUAUUUGGGUGAUGAAACAAUGGCUGGUGAAAUGAUGCGGAGAGGCAAGGAAGGCACUCUUCACCUGCGACAGAUUCGGCACUUCAUGGAGACUGGCUCUUACCUGCCCUCAGUGCACAUCACAGAGAAGAACAGCAUCAGGAAGUCAGCUAAAAAAUUUAUCAUUGAAAAUAGCACCCUGUAUUACAUCAGCAAGAACCAGAGUGAGAUGAGACGAGUGCUGUACACCAAUGAGGAGAAGAACAAGGCGUUUGAGGAGUGUCACAUUAUACCCAAGACUGGAGAACAUUGUGGUCGCACUAAGACACUGAAGAGGCUCUCAGAGAAGUAUUACUGGACUAACAUGAUGGAAGAUUUAGUGGCCAUGAUUGUGAGAUGCAAAGCGUGUGAGUUCAAUAAGAUGAAUCGACCCAAUCAGAGAUUUGUGCGAGUGACAGAGCCCUGGGAGGUGGUCAGCAUUGACAUCAUAGGUCAGUUUGUAGCAUCAGGUUGUGGCAAUGCUUUUGUAGCCGUCAUCAUUGACAUGUUUACAAAGUACACAGUGGUGGUGCCACUGCAUGACACCACUGUAUCAGAUGUGACCUCUGCCCUAGAGACAGCUGUGUUCCUGCAGGGCCCUCCCAGGAAGUUUAUUUCAGAUCAAUGUGAGGAGUUUGUACAGGAGCUGAGCUUGGAGCUGGACAUGCGGCUUGGGGUGAACGUAGUGGCUGUCAGCAAGACACAGAUGAACAGACCAGAUGAAGCCAACAUCAAGACCUCCAUCCUCCACCACUGCCUUGAGGCUGAUGGUGACUGGAAGGACCAGUUACAGAAGAAGGUGUAUGAAAUCAACACAGAGUAUAUGACAGCAAGUGGCUUCACUCCCUUCUAUCUCAUGUUCCAUAGAGAACCACGGCCCAUUGAUGGGAGCCUGAAUCUGAGGGUGAACAGCAGUAGUAAGCCAACUUUCUUAGUGCGGGAUAUUGAGCCAUACAUGGAGGAAAGGGACCAGCGUGCCUCAGAGAUAAUUAAUCAGGUGUUGUCAGGCCAGCCAGCAACCGAGAGGACUAAGGUGUAUCUGGAGGAGGCUGGGACAGGUGCAAGAGAGGCUGGGGAUCUCCUUAAUGGGGUGCUGGAAGAAGGUGGUGGGUCAGUGUAUGAAAUGGGAGAUGGAGAGGGACACGUGGUGGUGGUGGCAGGAGGUGUGGCAGGGCUGGAAGGAGGUGGGGAAGGAGUAGAGGAGGAGGAGGGGCAGCACAUGGUAGUGGUGCAGCCAGGAGUUGGAGAUCAAGGGGUCAUCAUGCUGGCUGAGAACCAGGUCAUCAUGGAAGCAGUGGCAGGGCAGCAGUUUGCUUACUUACCUUCCUCAUGAUCCAAAGUGUUGUGAAAUUGGUGUAUGUGAUUCAGUUUCUAUUAUUUAUCAUUCCUCUUUGUGUUUUUGUUCUAUUACUCUCAGAUUGUAUUACUUUUCCUCUGCCUUUUACCUUUAUUUAUUUAUUUAUUAGUUUUUUUUUUAUGUCUCAUUUCAUUGUCCAUCUAUCUUUUCAUCUUUUUUUCAUCUGAAUUGUCUACUUUUAUUUAUCAUUCACUGUCUUCUUUGUAUGUUUCCCAUUUUGAUCCCUCUCAUCCUCCUCUGCCCUCAUAUUAUUCAGGUUUUCUCCUUCAUAUCAUCCAAUCACCCAUCUUGUCAUGUCAUGUGCCCAUUUCAGAUGUGAACUUUGAUUCUUUGAGAUUGCUUAUUCAUUCAUUACAUACAUAUAUUACUGGACAAAAGACUGACAACACAUCACAUACUGAUCAAGGAUGCAUCUGAGGAAGUCAACAAUUUCACCUCACUACCUUCAGUCAGAGAAGUGACAGUUUUCCAAAAAUAGUAGUCAUAUUAGGAAUGACAGCUAAUGUUCAUUCCUGUUAUGGGGUAUGUUAUAUAUGAAAUGACAACUGAAGUGACAAUGACCAGGCUUGCAAUGUCGAAAAUGAGCUAUGCCUUUAGGAGAAGUGAGAGAUUGAAAUUAAGGUGUUGCAGAUAGUUUUAAUACACCAUGCUGGUAACAGACCAUAAUACACCAAAGUGAUGGUAUUUUUUUUUACUCAAAUGCCGACAUACCGUAUUCACGAUUUUAGAGAUUGGCAGAGCUGAACUUUUCAAUAAAUGGUAAAAGAAA